AUGUCGCAGUCCUCGACCUCGCUCUCGGCUGAGGCCGGUAAGGCUCUGGAGAGCUUGCAGGAACAUGGUUCCUCGCCUCUUGUCCUCCCGGGGCAUUAUGUCAACCCCUCCAUCCAGGUCAUGUCCUUGAUCACCUCCGAGCUGGGUCAGCAAAUCAGCUCGGGCUACACCUGCCAGGUGUAUCUUCCAGCCCAGCCCUGCUACUCUCCCUUCUCUGAGGUGCAACGCAUCGAUGUGACGCGUGGCCCCGCCACCUUCCCGCCCCUUUUGGAAGAGCGAGAGCACUAUGUGAUUCGGACUGCCAAAGCCGGCUUCGGCGCGGAGGUUAAUCGAGAAAUUAUCAGGGCGGCUCGCAUGCCUGAGGUGGUGGUUCUUCAGACCAUUUUGGCCUGGGAUCCACAGGCGAUCUCCCUGCUCCAUGACCAUGACAUCAUACAUGCUGAUGUUCGGCUAGCCAACAUCAUGCUCCGAACGGACCCGGCCAGCUUCGUCCUCAUCGAUUACGGCGGCAGCAAGGAGACCAUUUGGCCGGUCCGUUAUGGUUACACAGUAGCAGGCCGCGGAGGCACUCAACACCGCCCUCCAGCUGAAUGCAUGAAUGAAUGGUCGACCCCCUCGCUGCGGGUCCCUUACUUAUGCGGCCGGAGCGACUUCCACCGCCUGGCCUGUACUAUCCGUGAGGAAAUUCUUGGCCAGAUGGAAAGCGAGGCGGGGCAACGCCCACCCGCUGAGGAAGGCAACGCCUCCAGACGCCGGAAACGCGACCAGCUUCGCCCACAACUUUUUUGCGAGGCUGAGCAGGAAUUGGACAUGAUGCUUGACACCACCACGUGGAGGGUAAAGCCCAAUCCUCACAGCCUCUUCCCGCCUGGCUCGUGGCGAGACACGGCUGUCAACCCUACCAUCAUGCUGACGGCUCACCUGUGGACUACCGAGGGCCAGUCACGUACUUGCACUACCACCUUUCGCUCGCCUUUGGAGCGCAAGGGCAACUCCAAUGGGCAUUUUGUGGACGAGCCGGACCAGCCCUCCUAUGAGCCUGGCGUCUCUCUCACAGCACAGUUCAACACUGGCUCGUGGGAACAGUCGGGCUAUCUCCCCAAGAUCUUUCUGGUCUGUGAGCUAAAGACUGAGGGACGUGGCACCCGAUCAGUGGCUCAGCAGGUCUAUCCCUGGCUGUCAUACCGAAACAGGGAUGGCAUGCUGGAGCUAGAGCCACCGCCAGGUCCACCUCGGAUGGACCCAUCCCCAAUCCAGUCCCAGAGCAACGCUCUCCUAUCAGGGGGCACCGCCCAAGAGCCACUUGUGCCAGGGCGAAUCACAUCGGACCCGACUCCGCCUUCAACGACGCCUCCUUCCCCCAUGCUAACGGGCGUUUGGGCUGAGCCACCUACGGAAGCGCCUGAUGCAGAGGAGACCACCGCUGCCCCCGCGGCGUCGGGAGCUCCGGAUGUUCACUUCUUCUCACCUCUUCAGGUCUUCCCGCUCGUCCAUGCUCUGGAGCAACACGCUGGCACCACGGUACCCGGAGCAGAUGGCCUCUCUCGCGCGGCCCUCUCCAACUCCAUUCAGGAUACGAUGAUCUUCUUGCAGGCUCUGUUGCUCUACUUGGAGUACCAGGAGCCGGAACCGGCCCCCACUGAGAGCCAGGCCAACCCUCUCUUUUAG